AAAACUUCUUACCUAACUGCAUUAUCAUUUAUGUACGUGUUUUUUUUUUUUUUAUUUCCAGGAUCCCUAUUUUAUGAAGAAUCACCUGGGUUCUUAUGAAUGUAAACUAUGUCUUACCCUUCACAACAAUGAGGUGAGUUAUAUUCUUGGAUAAAACACUUUAAAGGGACACUAUAGUCACCUGAACAACUUUAGCUCAAUUACGCAGUUUUGGUGUAUAGAACAUGCCCCUGCAGCCUCACUGCUCAAUCAUCUGCCAUUUAGGAGUUAAAUCCCUUUGUUUAUGAACCCUAGUCACACCUCCCUGCAUGUGACUUGCACAGCCUUCCAUAAACACUUCCUGUAAAGAGCCAUAUUUAGGCUUUCUUUAUUGCAAGUUCUAUUUAAUUAAGACUUUCUUAUCCUCUGCUAUGUUAAUAGCUUGCUAGACCCUGCAAGAGCCUCCUGUACAUGAUUAAAGUUCAAUUUAGAGCUUGAGAUACAAUUAUUUAAGGUAAAUUACAUCUGUUUGAAAGUGAAACCAGUUUUUUUUCAUGCAGGCUCUGUCAAUCAUAGCUAGGGGAGGUGUUCACAGUGAGAAGCACACAAGCGCCUCUAGCCGCUGUCAAUGAGACAGCCACUAGAGGAUUUGGAUGCUGGAUUAACCCUAACAUAAACAUAGCAGUUUCUCUGAAACUGCUAUGUUUAUAAAAAAAAAGGGUUAAUCCUAGAGGGACCUGGCACCCAGACCACUUCAUUAAGCUGAAGUGGUCUGGGUGCCUAGAGUGGUCCUUUAACACAUAAAAACAAUGUUUAAAAAAAAAAAAAAAGUCUGCUGCUUUUGAAUUUAAUAAUUCGAUUUCUUUCUUUUUUUUAGGGUAGUUACCUGGCUCACACACAAGGAAAGAAACAUCAGACAAAUUUGUAAGUUCCACCCUUGUAACUGGUCAUUAUUACACUGACUGUCAAUAUGCGCACAUGUCUUUAACUGAACACUGAACGUGAGCUGAUGCAGGACUGCACAUAUUGUCUGAAAGCGUUCAGCUGGUACAUUCAGCCAAUGGUUGUGGUCCUGCUUUGUUUUAAAUGAUCACAAUUGUCACCAGAACCACUACAGGUUCUGGUGUCUAUAGCAUGUCCCUACAGGCUAAGCAAUGAAGAUGCUGCCUAUUCAGAGAAAAGGCAGUGUUUACAUUGCUGCCUAGUAACCCCUCUAGGUGCAGUCACUUAGACGGCCACUAGAGGUUCUUCCUAUUUCAUUGCUGCGCUAUGCGCAGCACCUACAUUCAGCGUCUCCACGCUCUGCAUGGAGGUACUGGAUGCUCCUCCGUAUAAAUGCAUUGAUUUAUUGCAUCUCUAUGAGGAGAUUCUGAUUGGGACAGUGCAUUAUGCUGCGCAAGUAUUGGAUUGUCUGAGAUCGUCAAGAUUGAUGAAAUCAGCCAUUGAGGUGGGGCCAGCCACAGUGAGACCAGCGCGACGAUGGAGAAAAGGUAAGGAAAGCUACCCUUUUCUACAAUCUUAAAGUGUCCUGGUACCUAAAAAAGUAGUCCAACACUAUAGUGUUAGGAAAACAUGUUUGUAUUCAUAACCCCAUAGUGUUCGUUUAAGCAAUCAUUUGUGUAUGUAGGAGCACAGAACUCAACACAAAUCAUGUUAUACUGAAUGGGUGCAAAAGAUGGGGCAGACCACUUCCCCUAAUGGUUUAAAAUAUAAACUGCAAAACACCAAAUCCCAAUGCCCACCAAGUAACAAGAAAUAACGUCCAUCAUGUUUUCAGUGAGUAUUACAUUUGCUGUAAGGCACUCUUGUCCUGCAUAUUGCUGUUGGGGAAAUAGACUUGCUUCCCAUAAUUAAGUUACCAACACUUUGUUGACUUUGUGUAAAUAAAACUUCUGUUCUCUCACACCAUUCUCAGAUUGCCUCUCCAAAGCUGCUGCAAUCAAUCAUUGUGGCUGUUUCUCUCCUUUCUCUGUGUGUGCUUCUCUCACACAGAGCCUCCUCAGCCUCCCUAUUUCUUGUGUUAUUUUAGAUGUUUUUUUUUAUUUUUUAUUAUGGAUUAUUUUCAAUUUCUUUCCAUAAAACAUAUUGAGUACAUGAACAUGAAUCUAACAUUAAAAAACACAAAACCCCAUACAAGCAAAAUUCACCAUGUGUAACCAGAGUAAUGCAAACAUUUUCAACGGGUCUUUUCCCAAUAUUACCAUAUAAGGAAUUUGACAGACGAUAUCUGUUCUUCAGUAGUCAAUGUCUAAGGUCACACAAGAUUUUCCUUUGAGAAGGUAUUAACCUGACUGUUAGUGCAUAACCUUUUCAAAUGAUAUGAUCAUUCUGACCCAGGCAAAUUGGAAACUGCACAUCCGGUUCUAUAAAUUGCGUUUCAAUUCUUUUAUUAGUUGAUAUGAUACGUUUUCAGACUCAGAAAGUUAACUUUUUUUUUUUAAUAUAUAAAUAAGGGCACGUCGAGCAGCAAAAGAGGCUAAAGAAGCACCAGCACAACCCGCACCAGAAAAAGUGAAGGUUGAGGUGAAAAAGUUUGUAAAGAUUGGACGACCAGGCUACAAAGGUGAACAUUUUGACUGAGCUUUUUCGUUUAAUUUGCUUUAUGUAUAUUUAUUAUUGAAUUUGAUUUAUUUGACUUUAAAUUUUUUUUUACAUUUUAUUAUUAUUUUAGUCACAAAACAGCGGGAUUCCGAGGCAGGCCAGCAGUCUCUUCUGUUUCAGGUACGAACCCUCGUUUUGUGUAUUAUUUGUGGUAUGAUCUCUGUUUAAAGGAACACGCCAGACACAAAGCACUUCAGCUUGUAUGGAGUCUCCGUCGUAUUUGUGACGGUUUAUAAAAGUUCAGUUUUAUAGGUGAGUGCAGAAACACAUCCAUGUUUGUCACUGAGCAGAAGCAGUGUGUGUGCUGUUCUUGUGUGCGCUUGCCCUCCCCCUUCUCAAUUAGCUGUACUACAAUUCAUUGAAAAGCAUAGCAGAGCCACAAUCGUGUGAAUGAUGAGAAGCCUCUGAUUGGUGUUUAUUUAAUUUUUUCAUAUACCCCCCAAAGAAAACCUGCAGAAAAACAUACAAGCAUGUUUUUUUUUUAAGGAUGUAUCUACUAAGUUCUAUGAGGGGGAAGGGAUGGGGGGAUAAAUAAUGUCUAGUUGAGUGUUAAUCUUUACAUGAUUUUCCCAUUAAAACAUGUCUACUAGGAAUGUUAGUCUGUCUUGUCACUGUCCUAUUCAUGAGUUAAGAUCACACAGCAAAUUACUGCUAUCAGUGUUGUCUAGAAUGAAUCUCGACUCCCUCUUUUCUGUCCAUAAACAAUUAUGUUUGGAAUUUAGCUGCUGGUGCCAGAUAUUUCGCUGUGAGGAAUGUGCUAUUUUAGUGUCUUGCAACUUGCAGCCUGGAGUAUUGAUUUUCAACGAAAGUAAAUGUGCUGGAAAUUGUUGCUAUAAUUCUGUUUGUUUCUUUCCAGAUUGACUAUCCAGAAAUAGCAGAAAGUAUCAUUCCCAGGCACCGUUUUAUGUCUGCUUAUGAGCAGAGAAUUGAGCCUCCGGAUAGGCGUUGGCAGUACCUUUUGAUGGCUGCUGAACCAUAUGAGACAAUUGCAUUUAAGGUGAGAUCACCUGUGGGCCUAAUUCAUUUGAGGAAAUUCCAGAAACUAAAAUAUUUGGUGUUUCUGCCGUUUAUUUAGACAUUUUUCUAUAUGAUGAAAAUCCCUCAAAGUGAUGAGCAGACACGAUUUACAAUUUAGUUGAUUUGUCAUUUUAUCGCAAUACAAAUGUUUUGUUAGCUGUACUCUACUGUCGAUAUGCAUUUAUAUAAUUUGCCAAAUUGAGUAGUGAACCACAAUAAUGGAAUAGAAAGCAGCAAAUAACGGGAGGAAGGGGAGCAGUGACAUGCUGCUACCAGACACUCCAAGUACCAUAACUACUGCAUCCUACCUUCGUGGCUAUGGUGCAAGUUGUGCCCUGGAUCCCUCCCAGGGGGAAAUUUAAUCGCUUAUAUGGUGUCCGCAUGGCAUUUGCUGCCUUGUUGCGCUGGCAGCACCUUUUUGGAAGCCUCCAUUAGCUCCCCUGAGCUACGUCCUGCCAUGCAGGGCUCUCUCACUGUCUGCUCAGUUUUCAAACUGCUUACACUGGGAAGACGCCAGUGGGAGUGCGCCAGCCACUACAUAAGUGCUUUAAAUGUUCCUUUGCGCAUCUAAUACCAUGUACUCUACCAUCUUUUUUUUAAAUUUACCUUGAAAAUUUAGAAUGAAUGUUUUAUUUAUAUGUAUUAUGUUGGCAUCGUAAUGUCACUGCCCUCUUACUCUAGUUUGCAGUCUCCCCUUCAUCUUGUUUCUAUAGUGAAACAUUGCACAGUGUAAUGCCACUCAUCUCCACAGUAUACCCUCUGGGAUCUGUGCUUUUUAAAAGAAGCCCAACUCUGCAUGGCUGAACUUUAUAUUGAGUUCCAGAAAAACAUAGCCCAUGCUGGAACCAUGAUAUUACAAUAGUUCUGUUCUAAUCUAAAAUUUCUGUCUGGAAUUUAUUUACCACUCUCAAAUGGCGAGGGAGGGAGGGAAUGAAAAAACACUGUCUUUGAAGGAGCAAACCUUGCUGGCAUGGUCCAUCAUUAAACCAAUAAAAAUAAAAUAAAUAAAUAAAACAUGUCCCCCACAUUGUUCCUGCAGCCCAAUCCUCCUCCGGUGACGGGAUGGGACAUUCCUGGGGGAAGACCUGGUUGGCACCGAGAGGGGGCUUGUUCAGGGCUGGCUCAUGACGCUGCCAUCUUUGCAUAUACAGGAUUUCAAGGCUACUGUGUGGCACUCUCACUAGAUGCAAGCAAUUUGUAUUUUUUGCCUCGUUUGCAGCUUUAAUAUAUAUUUAAUGAUUAUUUUUUUUUCAGGUCCCAAGCAGAGAAAUUGACAAGGUUGAAGGGAAAUUCUGGACCCACUGGAAUCGUGAAACCAAACAGGUAACCAGUCAUACUAUGUGCUUACAGUUUGAACUAGAAAAGAACAUGACAUUUUUUUAUUUGAAUUUGCAAAUGUAACACUUAGAUGGUAUUUCAACUUGGAAUACAUAAUAGAAUUUGGUACUUUGCAAUACAGCAUUGUAUUGAGCUUUAACCAGUAGACUCAGCCAAAUGUACUUUCUUAAAGGGAAACUAUAGUGCCUGUAGUGUUUAGUAGUAUAGUGUUUACCUGGCACUAUAGCUUCCCCCUCCCUUGUGGGGAAGAAGGUGUUACCUCAGUCCAGAGCUGAUGCUCGCUCGAGUCCACCUGCGCUCCUCCGCAAUGGCUGCGCCAGCAUUAGGAUGUCCCCUAUAUGAAAGCAUUAUAUAGUGCUUACCUAUGGGGUUUUGGGUAGUCCUGCAUAGCGUGAGGACGUCAGGCGACCAAAAUGCACCUGACGGUACGGAAGUCCCUCUAGUGGCUGUCUGGUAGUUAAAGUGGAGUUAGCCCACCAAGCUAAUUAUUGCAGUUUCUUAAAAACUGCAGUAAUUAUCUUUGCAAGGUUAAGAGACCUGGGACAGUGCACCCAGACCACUUGAAUGAGCUGAAGUGGUCUGGGUGCCUUUAACUUUCUUUAGCGGUGCUUUGUUUUCUUCUCUAAGUCAUGACAUAAUGUUUUGAGAAAGUUAUAAUCUUGCAAGUUGGGAUAUAGAGGCAGAAAGGUUGUGUUUAAGAAACAAAACUAAAAAAUGUUAUAGAUUAAUUAUAAUGGUAUUUAAAAUAACCAAUGAACUAUGCAUUAAUGUAGAGAUGUCAUGAACAGGGUUAUUUUUUCCUAUUAAAUCACAGCUAAAAUCAUAAGAUUAGUUUUGGGAGUAAUGGGUAUUCCAAAUUUUGAAGAAAACAAUUUUGAUUUUCUUCUCCCUGUCCCUCUCAGUUCUUCUUGCAGUUCCACUUUAAGAUGGAAAAGCCUCCACCAGUACCUGCUUUGCCUCCAGCACCACCUGGCAUUAAAAGACCACCACCACCUCCAUUACUCAAUGGGAUGCCACCUCGUCCUCCAAUACCAGAAAGCAUGCCACCUCCACCUCCAGGUGGUAUGCCGCUGCCUCCUAUACCUCCUGGAGCACCUGCUCCUCCAGGUCCUCCUCCACAGCUCCCACCUGCUCCAGUGGUACCUCCUCCAGGUGUACCUCCACCUGGACCACCCCCUUCAAUGCCUCCCCCUGGUGUUCCACCUCCUGGUGUUCCUCCCCCUCCACCGAAUCCUACUGUGCCUCCACCUGGCGUGCCUCCUCCUGGUAUUCCUCCACCAGGUAUUCCUCCGCCUGGUGUCCCUCCACCUCCUGCUCCAGGGGUUCCUCCACCUCCAGCACCUGGUGUCCCCCCUCCACCAGCCCCAGGCGUCCCACCGCCACCAGCACCUGGUGUACCUCCACCAGCACCUGGCGUUCUCCCACCUGGACCAAUGCCACCGAUGUUGAGGCCCCCUUUGCCUAGUGAUGGACCUACAAAUAUCCCUCCACCCCCACCUACUAACUGAUCUCUGAUUGUCCUAAUAUUUUGGACAUUUUGUAACAUUUAUUUUAAAUCUUUAAAUAAACUGGACAGCUUGAGUAAAUUUGACUGUUUUGUUUUUGGUAUUUUUUUCAGACGUUGUAGCCUUUGCUUAUGAUUGUAAAAUACAGAGCACCUUAAGAACUAUAUACUGAAAAUGUUUUAAAUUACGAUUUUCUACUGUGGUAUGUUGGAAAUGUGUGCUUUUUGUGUUUGUUUCAUCAAGCAGCAUAGGUCUGCUUGAAAUAAAGAUGGUUGUUUUUUUUUUUUUAAAUUUGUCGAUGUCUAUUUUAGAAAUAAAAUGAUAGCAUUGAAUCUUGAUGGCUGCCCAGUCUCUGAGUGGCUUACUGUUUAUCGCAGUGAGAUACUUUAAAUUUCACAUGUUUUUAUCAGAAGGGAAUAUACCUGUAAUAUACCUGCAACUUGUAAAAACCUAUCCUUGUGGUAUCAAGACCCCUCAACUGCCAUUGCUGUAUGGCUAAGCCUGAAAGCUGACUGAUGCUAUCAAAACUCAAAAAGAAAUUAAAUGACUAUAAUCAUAAUAAAUGUCUUUGUUUUGUUUGUAUGUUUUUUGACAUACUAUAUUUAAUUUAACAUAAAUAGCUAGUGUGUUGUAGUAUUUUUAUAUAGAAUGUCCUAACACCAAG